UAUAGAAAGUGAAAUACAUGAUGCUCAGAAUCAGUGGCAUGCAGCAAUGAAUAUUGCAGCUCUUAUGGCCAAGAUGAGAGGAGACACACUGCUUACAGAAAGUGUAGCAUCAACUACUGAAGAUCUCUCUUUCAAUCCUGGGUUUUUCAAAGUAGAUAGAGAGACAACAAUACUAAGCGAAGAAGCUCAAAAUAUUCUGAGACGCAUUCCAGAGAGAAGAACUCCUGAAGAUGUAAAAAUAGUUAUCAACUGUCUUCAGAAUGCUGGCCUUGCCUGUUUCUGCAACUACCCAGAUGAAAUUCAGAAGAUGAUUGCCAAAAUAGCAGGCUAUAUGGUGGUGACACCUAAACGUGUAAUCAUUCGGCAAGGAAUACGUGCUGAACACUUCUACUUCAUUAUUGGAGGUCGAGUGAUGCUCUCAGAGAAAGAUUAUAAAAUAGAUGGGACAGAAACAGAAAAGACAACAUUCUUACAGCCAGGUUCAAGUUUUGGAGAACAAGAUAUGGUAAACCACACACUUCGAAGAUUUAGUGCUAUCAGUGUCAACACAGUUCAGUUACUCACCAUUGAACGGGAAGAUAUGCUAAUGGAGUUCACAACUUAUAAAGUUGACAAACAAGUACCAGACCAUAUUAAAUUCCUUGCACAUUGUAAAUUUUUGCAAUUCUGGCCAGUCGAGCGUUUAAGAAACAAUUUGGAGCACUGUUUUGUAUAUUUUUUUAAAAGAGAUGAAUUGGUACUUGAAGAUAGUCACAAUACAGAUUGGAUUUAUAUAAUGAAAAAGGGUAUAUGUAAGGUCGUCAAAAGAUUAAAAAAACCACAAACACAACGUGUUAAUAUUGCCAAUAAUAGACUGAAAUUCGUCUCAAAUCCCAAUUUUGAACAAAUAUUUAAAUUACCACUAAAAAAAGCAUAUACAAAUGCCAGGGUUUUAGAUAACAUAGAAGUUAUUGAUCCAUUUGCAGACGAUGGAGAGUUUUCUAAAAUAGUUUCAAGCAUUCCUUCAACUGAUAGAUUAUGCAACAAAACGAAGCAGGUAAAUAACGAUAACAAUUAUGUAAAUGUGCAAAUUGAUUUGCUUAAAUGUAGAGAUGUUUUUGGUCUGGACACAUUGGUUUUUGAUGAAUAUUACAUACUUCCAGCCACUGAUAGUGUUAGCCUAGUCAGUGGUGGGGCAGAAAUAGUGUUGCUGUCAAAGAAAUUCUUCAUAAAAAAUGCUUCUGAACUAGUGAAAUGGCAGGUACGCAAACAAGCAAAUAGCUAUCCUAGUAACAAUGACCUUGUUGUCAAACUAGAAAGUCAACAAAUGUGGAAUGAUUAUAAAAAGAGUGUAAUGUCAGAACUAGUGAGUGGAAAAUUAAAACAAAGACCAAAAAGAUUGAAAGCUCUUAUUUCGAAAAUGGAACGUCAAGGAAAAAUUGAACAGUAUACAUUAAAGAAACGAAUAAAUAAUAAUAGUUUGAGUCUGAAGAAAAGAUAUACAGAACUUUUCCCAAAACUACCAGAAUAUAAGGAUAUGACAACUAAAAGAGAGAAGCCUUUUAGUAAAACGCUUUUCAAACGAUUAGCACAAGUGUUAGUGGCUUUUUAUUGUCUUUUUCAUAAAAAAAAAGUAACCAAAGGGUCCUUUCCUGAGAUGCCAUUUCUACGCAAACAGAAAGGAGAAAGUUCCACACUACUAUUUGAAAAGAGAAGGGUUCGGUCAGAUGAAGGUGAAAUACACGAUGCUCAGAAUCAGUGGCAUGCAGCAAUGAAUAUUGCAGCACUUAUGGAAAAGAUUAAAGGAGACACACUGUUUACAGAAAGUGUAGGAUCAACUACUGAAGAUCUCUCUUUCAAUCCUAGUUUUUUCAAAGUAGAUAGAGAGACAACAAUACUAAGCGAAGAAGCUCAAAAUAUUCUGAGACACAUUCCAGAGAGAAGAACUCCUGAAGAUGUAAAAAUAGUUAUCAACUGUCUUCAGAAUGCUGGCCUUGCCUGUUUCUGCAACUACCCAGAUGAAAUUCAGAAGAUGAUUGCCAAAAUAGCAGGCUAUAUGGUGGUGACACCUAAACGUGUAAUCAUUCGGCAAGGAAUACGUGCUGAACACUUCUACUUCAUUAUUGGAGGUCGAGUGAUGCUCUCAGAGAAAGAUUAUAAAAUAGAUGGGACAGAAACAGAAAAGACAACGAUCUUACAGCCAGGGACAAGUUUUGGAGAACAAGAUAUGGUAAACCACACACUUCGAAGAUUUAGUGCUAUCAGUGUCAACACAGUUCAGUUACUCACCGUUGAACGGGAAGAUAUGCUAAGGGGAUUCAUAAGUUAUAAAGUUGACAAACAAGUACCAAACCAUAUUAAAUUCCUUGCACAUUGUAAAUUUUUGCAAUUCUGGCCAGUCGACCAUUUAGGAAACAAUUUGGAGCACUGUUUUGUAUAUUUUUUUAAAAGAGAUGUAGUGGUACUUGAAGACAGUCACAAUACAGAUUGGAUUUAUAUAAUGAAAAAGGGUAUAUGUAGGGUCGUCAAAAGAUUAAAAAAACCACAAACACAACGUGUUAAUAUUGCCAAUAAUAGACUGAAAUUCUUCACAAAUACCAAUUCUGAACAAAACUUUAAAUUACCACUGAGAAAAUCAUAUACAAAUGCCAGGGUUUUACAUAGCAUAGAUGUUGCAGACAGUGUGGUUUUUCCUAAAAUAGCUUCAAGCAUUCCUUCAACUGAUAGAUUAUGCAACAAAACGAAGCAGGUAUAUAACGAUAACAAUUAUGUAAAUGUGCAAAUUGAUUUGCUUAAACGUAGAGAUGUUUUUGGUCUGGACACAUUGGUUUUCGACGAAUAUUUCAUACUUCCAGCCACUGAUAGUGUUAGCCUAGUCAGUGGUGGGGCAGAAAUAGUGUUGCUGUCAAAGAAAUUCUUCAUAAAACAUGCUUCUGAACUAGUGAAAUGGCAGGUACGCAAACAAGCAAAUAGCUAUCCUAAUAAAACUGACCUUGACGUCAAACUGGAAAGUCAACAAAUGUGGAAUGAUUAUAAAAAGAGUGUAAUGUCAGAACUAGUGAGUGGGAAAAAAAAACAAAGACCAAAAAGAUGGAAAUAAGUUCUAAUCAUUAUUUAAAGUCAUUGAUUUUGAAGAGAGAAGAUAUUUCCAUUGUUUAUCAAAGAAGAAAUCAGAAAGUGAUAUGGAAAGAUAAAUCUGAAACAAAGGGAGAAUGAAUAUCAAGUCAAACGAGAAAUGAUGGCAUGAAAUUCUUCUUUGUUGAAAUCAGUUCUAACUUCUUAAAAAUGGUUUAUAAUAAAACUUUUCUCUUGAA